GCACAAGGAAAGAAGUCAUAACAGUCCAUACCCUAUCUUCCUGAAGCGAAAAGAGGCAACUGAAACCAUGCAACACUUCACUUGUGCCAUUACCCUCCUCUUUCUUGUCCAAUUCAUUGUUGUAACUUCAGCUCAGCUGGCAGAAUCUCCAGCUCCAGCAGGCCCACCCAACAUCACAGCCGUUCUUGAGAAAGCAGGGGAGUUCGGAACCUUCAUCCGCCUGCUCAAAAGCACCCAUGUUGGCGACCAAAUAAACAACCAGCUGAACAACUCCGUCAACGGCAUCACAGUAUUUGCGCCCACCGAUAGUGCUUUCUCCAGCCUCCCCUCUGGCACAAUGAACUCCCUCACCGAUCAGCAACAGGUUGCGCUAAUCCAAUUCCAUGAACUGCCUUACAUUGUCUCGAUCUCUCAGUUCCAAACAAUAAGCAACCCUGUAAGAACACAGGCGGGUGAUGUUAACAAUGGUCGGUAUCCAUUGAACGUGACAACCAUUGGAAACUCAGUGAACAUAACAACAGGAAUUGUCAAUACCUCCAUCGCCAGCACGGUAUACUCGGAUAGCCAGCUAGCUGUGUACAAGCUUGAUCAGGUACUCCUUCCUUUAGAAAUCUUUGGACCCCCAGCUCCUGCUGCUGCACCUGCACCGAACAAAUCAAAAAAGAAGGAAAGCUCCAUUGCUGAAAGCCCUUCAGGCACUUCAGAUUCUAGUGGAGCCACUGCUGCAGUGAACUUAAAAUGCACGUAUGAAGGAGGUAUUGUAUUUGCAGCUGCAGUUAUUUCCCUCUGGUGGAGCUAUUGAGUACUACUGCAUCUUCCCAAUAUUUUGAUGAUUUCAGCUGUUAGGUAAAUGUGGAAGAUUGUACUUUUUUCUUUUAUAGUUUGGUGUCCCUUGCUUAUUUCUUUUCCCUUCUUUUCUUUUGCUUUAUCUUUGUCAUGGAUUUGAAUUUUUAUUUUACCAAAUAUCUUUAAUGUGGAUUGUAAUCUUGUGAUUCAUUUUAUUAUAUUUGACUUAAAACUAUAGGUAUA